AUGCAUAUCUCACGAAACUGGAGGAAUCACAACCUCUUUUACAUUUUGAUGGCCAUCGAGCUGCCGGUGACGAUUGUCAUUUUGACCUUCACUGGAAUCGCAUCGCACGACCUAUACCGAACCAAACUUUGGCAGGACGGAGCCGAUAACGGCUUCAACAGUGCGCCGGACGAACUCGUUUACGCAGCGGCCAACUACCGAUCCUACCAUGUCCCUAUGGUCUGGAGCUCAUUCAUUACAAACUUCAACCUGGUGAUAUCUGUUGUCAGCGUCUUCUUCCUUAUUGUCAAAGCCCCUGUCCACGUCCUCCGCAUCUGGUACCCGAUUCUUUCGGUCAUCGUCCAUGCGGGAUUAGUUGCUAUCUAUAUUGUGUCUGCUCGCGGACAGGCAGGUAGUGACAUGUCGGACCCGCAACACCCUCAACCAGGGCCCCCAUGGUACAUCACCAAGAGCUGUUCCGUCGCUAAAUUCCCGAGCAAUGUAAGCUACUGCAGACAAGCGAAGGCCCUCUUUGCGUUUACGAUCAUCAUACUGGUCCUCUAUUUUGUCGAGUUCGUCCUGAGUAUCUACAACUGCAUCCCGACGGACGAGGACCGCGCCCUGCGCGAGGAACGCCGCGAGGAGAAACGUAUCAUGAAGGAGUACGAGGACAUGGUUCUCAAAUCCCCCACCAUGAUCCCCAUGACCCCUGCGAUGCCCCCGGACGCGAUGCAAACUCCCCACGGAAUGCCCGCGAUGACUCCACGAACUGUCGCCUUCAAUCAGCUGGAGAACGGCUCGACGGACCUCCCUCUUCGCGAACAUUUCAGCUCUCCAAACCCGCCUCGUCUGCCGCAGCAACAACUGAGCACAGAGACGUCGACUACGGCUGAGCAGCCUCAGCCCCAGAUGUACUUCCCUCCGCCUCCGAAGAAAGCAGUUAAGAAAUGA